AUGCGUAGCAACCACAGUUCCCCUCUACCCCACAACGCGCCGCCCCUGCCCGUUGCCCUCGAGCCCAACCUGCGCUUUUCAGACAAUAUGUCGCGCGGAGGCCACCGGGAGUCGUUGACGCCCAUGGACUUUGAGUAUGACAACAAACAAGGCCCCGUCGACCAUCGUUCGCCUUUCAUGAACAUCACCAACUCGCCCGCUGCGAGGAAACGUGAGCCUGUCCUUAGCCAAAGCCACUCUCUCGCCGCCGAUGGGACAUUCCAGCUAACCAACGGGCCGUUGUACGGCCAGCCAGGCACCAACCCUCCAUUCGAUUCACCCUCCAAGAGCGCUUUCGCAACACCAAGCCGCCUGCGCGAGACGGCCCUUGGCUUUCCGCAAAGCGGCGGCAAGCCACUUCCUUCGCUGCCGCCACACACCAACGCAUGGACGCCUCGCACACCAUCGGCCGACUACGACUUCAGCUCUGGCGGCGAGACUCCGAACACACCCGCGCAGGACAGCGAACAGGCCACGCCCGAUACACAAAUAGCAGGCAAGAUGCGGCUGCUGAUGGACAGCCCCAGCCCCAAGAAGGGCGGGCGCCGACAAAGCUUUUUCAAGCGCAUCCAGAACUGGGGGAGCCCGAGCCCAGCGAAGGAGUCGAUGAAGGAGAUAGAGAAGGAGGUGUCGCGCAAACACUACAACGAGAAGAUGGAGAAUCGCGUUGCGAAGCGGCGGUCAACGCGCGAACGCUCCGACCGAUCGAGAAAGAAGCAGCUGGUGCUGCGCGACGGCGACGACGAGGAAUCCGACCAUGAGCCGGCCCAGGUACAGAAGAGCGCACCGACAGAGCUGGGCCAAGUGCAGCAAACGUACGGCGCCAGAAUUGCAGGCUUCUUCCACUGGAUUGAGGCACACCCAGGACUCCCCUCGGUGCUUUCCUGGUACAUGCAGUUUACCGUCAACGUCUUCCUUGCUCUCUCCUUCAUGUUCAUCCUCUAUUGCAUCUACACCGGCAUCAUGGCGGACGUGGACAUUGAAUCGAACAAGCACGCCUCCGAGAUGUUGGUCGAGAUCGCCCAGUGCGUUAAGAACUACCGCGAUAACCGGUGCGAGCCAGACACCCGCGUCCCCGCCAUGGAGAUGGCGUGCGGCAACUGGGAGACCUGCAUGAACCGUGACCCAAACAAGCUUGCUCGCGCGAGCGUUACCGUCAAGACAUUCGCUUCCAUCAUCAACAGCUUCUUCGAGGAGUUCAGCUACAAGUCUAUGAUCUUCCUGACGAUUCUCAUCUUCGGUGGCUUCAAUGUUUCAAAUUGGGCAUUUGGUCUGCUCCGCCAGCAACAUGCCCAACCACAGCCACAGUACAACGAUUUCGCACCCCCACCGCACACACCGCAUCGCAUCAACUCGAACAGCCACAUCGAGAACGGCCAGCCAGCGUGGCAAACACCGUAUCAGACACCAUAUGAGGGACGGGGGUUCGUGCAGCCUCCACAGCCGCCGAUAUUGCAGCAUACACAGAGUACACCGGCGUUACCGAGCUAUGCACAAGAAGGCGCAAGGGAAGAGUUGAAGACGCCGCGACGGAGAGGCGGGUUUCGGUAG